UAUAUGUAAGGCUGCGCGGUCGGUUGAGUUCAACUUAACUUCGUUCGCACGGCGAAAGGGUCGACCAUUGAGUAACCGGUACUGGAAGUGGCCUUAAUUAGAUUGUCGGAUUUUAUAUAGAGUUUAAGAUUAAUUACUUUCGUGGCGAGCUGGGACUUCAGUAUUAAUUUUGAGAAGACUGAAUACUGGAACGAAAAGUCUGAGGCAAUAGCUGCUAAUUGAGUGAGCUCAACGAACAAAGUUUUCAAAAACAGGAAACAAGGAGGACUAAGUUUCGUGCUGAUGGUAAAAAGUGCAAAUGAAAUUCGGAAAUUUCAUAGCCCAAACUACGAACGGUGUCAAUUUCGUUUGAAUAGUUAGUGACGUCAUUUGAAGAUAGCACUUGAAGCUGUUCGUCAAUUGUGGAGUGGCUGGCAAGGAAAUAAAGCUUGUUUUGGGCAAUAACCAAACUUACAAACAGAGAGUCCUGAUGUUCGACAAAGAGACCGGAGAGCUGGAACUGGGCGCUUUCCACGAUGGUGGAAUGUACUUCGACCGGGAAACAGGUGAAAGCAGCUCCCAGCCCACGCAUGUGGUGCGACGUGAGCGCUCGAAGUUCACCAUCCCGAAGCAAUACCUGAAAAGCUGCGAUCAGAGUACCGGCCGCAAGCAGGGCUGUAUUUCGAAAGUCAACAGCAGCUAUCCGCUAGCGAGCCGGGAGAAGAUGAUGCACUUGAAGGAGGAAAUUAUCCUUGGCUAUAACAAGACCAGUUAUCUUCUACUGUUGAUUCCACCGCUCUUUAUCAUGCCCAAGUUGGCUCUCAUGCUAAUCAUGGCCGUUGAAGUAGCACUGCAUAUGUGGGCUCAUCAGAAGAACGCAUCAAAUCGAAAUCCGGAAUUCUACUACCGCACUCCGUUGCAUGUCCUGACAUGUCAGUUUUGUGAAAUGUGCCGAAGCGAGCGGCAAAUGGAUCAGAUCGUAAAAUUGCAGAAUGAGCGGAUGAGACAGAUGCAAAAUUAUUUCCGAACAGUAACAAGAACAAUUGCUUAAACAUCUGGUGAUUAUUUGAAACAAAAAUAUUGCACAACAAAUAAUUGAUAGCAUGUAUUUUUAAAACUCGGAACAUAAAUAAAUAUACAAAAUCCUUUUAUA